AUGCUGAGACACUUCCCUGGGCAAUGGCGUCGAGAUAUCAGCGAAGGGGCGGCGGAUGCAAGUCGAGCGCCCGCAAGCACGCGCAUUCAUCGCGUACAUGCAUCGUGCGUUUGGAUUGGAAGUCGCUGCCGGAUACGCACUCGGAGAGCAGCGGAACCGACACUCAGGGGUACACGCCUCGCGAGGGAUGCGGUUCCCGCGCCAGCUGUCGUCGCGGACCGUACAACUUGGGACGACUUGCAAGUUGCCGGCGCAAGCAGCGAUGCCCUCCUUACAGCCCUUGGCGGCUUUGACGAAGCGGGUGUCAACGAUGGCAACAGCGGGAGCGAGCAGUAUGACCCAAGUCAGCUCGCAGAGGAGCAGCUUGAAAACCGACGGCUUAGCAGUCAGGCAGCCAGCACCAGUGCUAGCGCAGGCAUCCUUGACGGCGGCGGCUCCGUCAGCCUUCGCCGUACCGGUGGCGGCGGCGGAUCCCAAGAGGUUGCCGCCGCCAGGGACCGCAGCCCCCCCGCCUUCCCCACCUUUCCGCGGCCCAGAACGUCCGUGGUGGCCGCUUCCUCGGCUUCACCCGCUGCCACUCCUGUGGCACCCUCAGCGCCAUCUGAGGUCCCGCCGGAGGCAGCGCAGCUGUACGCCGGGUCCGCUGUUGCCGGGAACCUCUCCUCCACCGGCGGCAGUGCAGACGUACUGACUCCGCUGCUAGACGCGCUUCAGUUGGAGCCGCCCGUUACAUCGGGUCCAGGGCAGCCGGCAUCCAACGCACAGCGCGUAUAUCGCACGGCGGCAGCCGUGGCGGCGGACACGGCAAGUGGCGGCGGGGCUGGUGUUGAGGCUGGCGCCGGCGGCGGUGCAGCAGCUGGGUCUACUAGCGCUGCGUUGCCGCUGCUGGUGCGCCGCAAACGUGCACGUACGCGGGUUCUGGACACGUCGGAGCUGCUGCUGGCACGAGAUGAGGCCGUGCGUACGGAGCUCAUCAGCCGUACAUGGAACGACCUCCUGCGCUUUGAAGAACGGCUCAGCACGGCGCCGACCUCUGGGGCGGUGACCCAGAUCCCGGCCGGAGUUGAGGCCGCGCCCGGGAACGUGAAUACAAAGUCACCGCGCAGGAGGGAAGGAGGAGCGGCUGCAACUGCUGAUGCCGCGGUGGCUGCAGUCGCUGCUCCGACGGCGGCAACGCAGCAGCGGGCAGCGGAUUCUGCCAGCCAGCUGGUUUCGGUGCCGCUAGCGUCAGGCUUGGACGAUGUGUUGGGCUUUCUGCAGUGCGCGGCGGCGGCCCAGAAUGACCAGCAACUGACAGAGCAGGCGGCGGCAGUGAUGCAGCAGCGGAAGGCCACACAGCGUAGCGCACGGCUGAUGGGCUACAUUGCGCGUGCGCCCACCUGGCAACGACUGGCACGGCUGUUCCUUAAGCAUGGUCGGACGUUCUCGGUAGCGCACCUCGUAGCGACGCUGUUUGGGCUAGCGCGGUUUGACGCUGCGGGCCGCGUGUACCGUGGCCGCGGCCGGCGCAAGGCCUUUGACCGGGUGUGGGACAUGCUGACACGUCGGGUCACAUUCGCGGCGCCCCGCAUGACGGGGCCCCAGCUGGUGCGCGUGGUGCGGGCCAUUAGCAGUUUGCCGCUCCGGAACCACCAGCGUGUAGAACACUCGCUGGUGGCAGUGCAGCGGGUAUUGCGCUACAGCCAGCACACCAUGCUACAGCAAGCGCCGCCGGGCGAUAGCGACGGACGGGUCAUCCUGAACACCAGCCAGGCGGCGCAGCAGCGCAGCGCCCGCGGGUCCAGGACAGGCCAGAAAGGGAACUCGGUUCUGGCAGCAGCAGCGAUAGCAGAACGCGGUGAGCGCCGCGACCGAGUGAUGAGCUCGGCCGAUGUGGACAUGGCCGGGGCCCCGGCAGUCAUGGAUGGCCCAUACUACGCCGCGCUGUGCUACACGCUGGGUCGCAUGAACUCACAGGUACGGCCCUGGCGUAAGUCCCUUCGACUGUCGCCUUCUGUUGUGCGGCGGCUGUUGCUGGGCUCAUAUGCGCACCUGGGGUCCCUCGGUCCCCGUGAGCUCGCUGGUCUGCUGUACGGUCUUGGCUGCAUGCGGAUCAGCCCGCCGGCGCCGUGGAUGUACGGCUUUUACGUCAGCUCGGCGCGCUGGCUGUCCUCCAUGACCGACGUACAGCUGACGAUGGUCAUGUACGGCGCCUGCCGCCUGAAGAUUAAGCCGCCGCCGCCGUGGAUUGAGGCUUACCUGGGCGCGACGGGUCCUCGGCUGCGGAUGCUGGACAGCCCGGGCCUGGCCGCAGCCAUGCAUUCACUCGGGCGGCUGAAGUACAAGCCGCGCCCGGUAUGGACAGAGGCGUUAAUGGCGUCGUCCCAAGAGAGGCUGGUCGCGGGUCUGGUAAAGCCUGAGGAGAUGAGCCAGCUGGCUCGCGGGCUGAUGUUCCUGGGUGUGCGGCCCGCGGAGGACUUGCUUGAGGCGCUGUGGGACGCGAGCGGUGGGGCGAUGGAGCGCGGCGAGUUUAGCCCGUCGCAGCUGGUCAACCUGGCCUGGGCGCUGGGGUCACUCAAGGUGCCUACCCCGCGGCGCUGGUACGACCAACUCGUUCACCAGAUGCGCAAGACCUACCCACAGCUACGGCCCUACCAUCACCGUCGCCUAUUGGCUGCGCUGCAUGCAUUUGGCUGCCGAGACCUGCCCCGCUGGUACCAGAUGCUGAGGGUACCGCUGGUGGAAAUGCCUGGCUACGCGGCAUGGUCGGCCACGCAAGCCAAGCAGCGCACGGCGCUUCAGGCUAAAGCAACGAAGCAAGGGUCGCCGCAGGGGUUGAAACAGCCGGCGGGAGCGCAGGCGCAAGGCCCCGGGGUGGAAGCAAUUGCCCCACCUAGGGAUCCGGCUUCGAGCCCCAACCAAAAGAAGCAGCAACAAAAAAAGGAGCAGCAAAAAAGGCCGUAA